AUGUGUGGGGGUGCCAUCUUCGCGAACCUCACCCCCAACCGGGUGCGCCUGCGGCUGACGGCAGCCCAGCUAUGGCCGGACGCGUACUUCCCGGCGGAGAGGGCGGCCUCCGGCAGGAGGAAGAGGAGGGCCGCUGCCACGACCGACGACGAAUUCGAGGCAGAGUUCCAAGUUUUUGCGGAGGAGGAGGAGGACGACGACGACUAUGCGGCUCCUCCGGCGGCGGCGUGUGCAGCCGUUGCUUUGAGCUCCAGGCGGCGCCGCGUAGCCGGUGCCAACAGCACCAAGUACAGACGCGUACGCCGCCGGCCGUGGCGCAGAUGGGCGGCAGCAGACACCCAGCAGCGGCGUCGCGUGCGGCUCGGCACGUACGGCGGCGACGCCGAGGAGGCCGCUCCAUCGUAUGACUGCGAAGCCCGCCGGAUGCGCGGGAAGAGCGCCAGGCUCGACUCCCCGAACGAAGGCUGUUCUGGCCGGCGAAGCCUGCCGGGGAUCAUCGACCUCAACCAGCCGCCCGCCGUUUCCGAUGACCACAUGAUUAGUGCCGAUGCAGACGCGUGCAAGACGAAGAUCAUGCAGCUGAUCGCGGAGGGCCCCCGCGACGAGCGGAUGGCGAGCCUCGUGUCUGAGCUGAUGGACGGAGCGCACCAAGGGAGGGAAACCAGAGCGUCCGUGGUGAUGCGGUGUGCGGCGUUGAUUUCCAGAUGCAGCCGCGAGAUGGAAGAGAUUGCUGCGCUGAGGAGGGACCUCGAGAACCGCGCGAGGCGGCUGGAUGAGCGGAAAGAUCAACUCGUUAGGAUAGCUUCCUUUCUGAGUUCUGAACUCCUGAUUAACUGA